AUGCCACGUCUCUACCACACCAAGUCCCGAACAGGAUGUGCUCGCUGUCGGGCACGACGUGUCAAGUGCGACGAGUCUCGCCCAAAAUGUAAAAGCUGUGGCAGGCAUGGUGUAGAGUGUAUUUAUGACCGACCAGCCGGGUCUAACGGAUCGUCUUCUUCCAAGGCUCAUCAUUAUGCACAGUUUUGGCCCUCCUCCACCCCCUCCACCGGCCAGAAUGCCAGAGGUCCUAAUGCUGAGAAUUUUGACCUGCUAGCGGAGGAGAGUCGCGAUCGGCGUUAUCGAGAAAUGCGAUUGCUGCACUAUUUUACUGUAGAAGUAACUACCACGAUACCAGGAUACUUUUUUCCCCAAAUCAAGAAGAUUUGGACCGUGGAUGUGCCGUCCAUGGCCAUGGAAUACGAGCCUCUGCUCAACGCCAUCAUGGCCUUGUCCAUUUUGCACCUUUCAUACAUGGAUAAUACCAGAGGCAUCCUGAAACCGGAACAACUUGAGUGGCAAGGAGCACAAUAUCUUGAAGCGACGCUCCAACAGCAUCGCAAUGCCAUUGGCUCUCUAGAAAGGGAAAUAGCUGACCCAGCAAGCUUCACGUCUGUAAUCCUUUCACUCCAUGCGCUUGCAAGUUUGCGAGAGCGAACAUUCGAGCCUUACCAUCCGCCCAUACAGUGGUUGCAAAUGUGCAAGGGAGUGAUGAAUGUGUUUAAAGUCACCAUCCCAUUUGUUCGCGAUGACCCGACAGCGAAAAUUAAUGUGGUCACUGAGUCGUCUGCCCCGUUUGUCGAGCCCUCAGUUCUUUUCUGUGAGGCAAAUCGGAAUCGAUUCCCAUACUUGCUCAUCUCACAACCCGGAGACGAUGAUGCUGAAGAUCAAGAGGCUUACUCAAGUACCGCCUGCUUGAUUGGAGCUUUGUUGGCGGCCCAAGAAACACCAGAGCAUGCUGCGACUACAUGGCGAAAAGUCGUGAUAUCUCCUAUUCUCUUUCCGAGACGGUUUUUAGAUCUUUUAAAUCUACGGAGACCGCGCGCCUUGGUGAUUUUGGCACAUUUCUUCGGCGCGGCCGCCAGGUUUAGUGACGUGUGGUGGGUUGGGGACAGCCCCCGACGGGAGGUUCUCGCUAUUGAGGAAUAUCUGGGACCAGAUUGGCAGUAUCAAAUGACAUGGCCAAUCAAAGCUAUUCGGAAAUCAGCCUCCCCAUGUGGUCUUGUCGCAUCGACUCAGUGA